AAAAAAUCAUCGCGCCUUCCACGUUUAUUGCCCUCGACCUGCUGCAGCAAGCUCAGCUACUGUAGAAGAAGAAGAAGAGGAAGAAAGAAAGAUCCGAAAAUGGAAGAUGUUAUUACAGAAGCUCCUCCUCCUUCCAGAUUCUUCGAAGAAGAUCUCAACAAUUUCACUCCUCCAUCACCUUCCCUUCCUUCUCCAUUUCUCUUGUUCUCUGACCCUCACCUUCAAUCCCUCCGACCUUCCCUCCUCAUCAUUCUUCUCUCUUCCCCUUCCCUCUAUCUCUUCCACUCGCUCCCCCAUAAAACCCUAAUUGGAUCCCUCAUCCUCCCUGAGAUCCCUCUCUCCGGCAAGUCUGUUGAUCCCUCUCUCACCGAUACCACCUGCAACAUUUACUCUCUCGAUUCUCAUGAUGCUGUUGUUGUCUCCGUUCAGUGUGCUGUCUCCCCCGAGCGGUCUCAUUCUGUGGCAAAGCUUCUGGUUGGUGAUCGGGUUGCGCCUAAAAGGGUUUUAAUUUUGGAUUCAAUUCGGAUCCAGAACUAUCGCGGUCGGUUGUCGUCAGACGAGGCGUUUGCUUUUAAGCUGGAGACUGCGGCGGAGAGGAAAAAGGGGGUUGAUGAGAAAUUGUUAAAGGGUUUGGAGUAUUAUCCCUCUGGGAGCGUCGUCGAUGGAUUGAGUGCUGCGCUUCUGGGGCGAUGCCAGAUUCUGAAUAUUAGAGGAGUUCUAUGCGUUUCUUGGCCUGAAUUUGAUGCGUCUGUGGUGUCUCUGGUGAAGGGUUUAGUGCAAAGAGAUGUCUUACCUGGCUUGGACCUAAGUUUAAGUUAUAUAAAAGGUGAUGAACUUCCUUUGAAGUUCGGUCGGAGUAAGGAUCAUCUUUCUGAAUUUGAUUUGUACGCUUGAUGGAUUAAUUAACUAUGACAUUAUGCUACUUAGUUUUCUUCUUCUGCAAUUUUGAAAGAUAAAAUUUGCUCAUGCGUGAGACUUCAUGCAAGAAUGAAUGUCAUAUAACGUUUACUGAGUUU